AUGUCUGCCUCUAUAGCCCCCGAGUGCAAUGAUAUCAAAGAGAAGUAUGACACUUGCUUUCUCAAAUGGUAUAGUGAAAAAUAUCUCCGUGGCAAUACAACAUCCAAUGAAUGCGAAGAGUUGUUCACCAAAUACAAGACAUGCUUAAAUAAAGUCUUAAAAGAGAAAGGCAUUGAUUCCAUGCUUGAAGAUGCUCGCAAGGGUCACGCUGAGACUGAUGCCGAGCAUUUGCGGAAGAGUUGA